AUGGCUGCUUCCUACGACCAAGUCGUCCUCUUCGGCGACUCUCUGUUCCAGGGCGCUACCGACAUCUUGGAGGGUUUCUCUUUCCAAGCUGCCCUCCAGAAGCACUGCAUACGGCGUCUUGAUGUGGUCAACAGGGGCUUUUCUGGCUGGAACACGGAAGAUGCCCUGAGAUAUCUGCCGGAAAUCUUCCCAGCAAAGAGCUCAGACUAUACUGGUCCUAGGCUUCGAUAUCUGCUUGUUCUCCUUGGUGCCAACGACGCCUGCCACCCAUGGUCGCUCCCAACCCAGUUCUGCCCACAAGAGGAGUACAAGGCGAACCUCAAAAAGAUCAUCACGCACCCAAACAUCACGGCCCACGACACCAAAGUUCUCUUGGUGGCGCCGCCGCCGCUGGACGAAACCCGCAUCUACCAGUACGACAUUGAGGAAAACGGCCUGGACAAGCUCACCCGCAGCGCCGCCAACAGCGCCCAGUACUCGCAGCUGGCCCGCGACGUGGCGGCCGAGGUGCCUGGUACCGUACUCAUCGAUCUCCAGGACGCCCUUACCAAGCACGCCAUCACCUUGACACCAGAGUAUGACGCCAAGAACCCCCAGCAUCACAAUGGUGACAUUCCGCUGCUCGGCUACAUGGACGGCAACGACGGCAAGGGAUUCCGCGGCGCCCUGGGGCGUUUGUUCCCCGACGGCUUGCACCUUAGCGGCGAGGCAUAUCGCGUGUUCUUUGACUUGGUUGCACCUCACAUCGGCCCCUUUCCCGAGUUGUUAGACGAGAAGGAUGUCAAGUCAGAGUUUGCAAACCCGUUCCCGGACUGGAAGAUUCUUGCAACCGAGAGAGAGGAGAAGAAAAAGGCAAAGAGCCAGUAG